ACCGAAACUGUUGUAUAAUGUUGAGAAGGUCUGCUCGGCCGUUUGUGGCUCGUAUCAACCCGUGUCUAUUCUGUAGUUCCUGCAAUCUGCAUACAGCCCGUUAGGAUGAUGCAAUGGGUGGUGUAGUCUAUAGGACCUUGCUAGACGUGGCGCGAGUCUCAUGAAUCCCUCCGAGCUCCCCAUCCCCCUCCCGAACCGAGGCAUUUCAAGGGCGCGUUCGGGGCGCUAAGACCGUUCCAUGGAGGGACUCCGACGAACAUCAAUGCAAGGCCCCGCGCGGGUGGGUUGCCGGCCACGCCGUUCGCCAAUGCCGCCGCUGGGCUCGGUGCACUCGGCCCUGUCGUCCCAAGUGCUGUCCCCUCUCCAUCCUCACUGAGGGUGGUCCCUGAUAUCCCCGCCAGACUUGGGGGACAGGCCCGAAACCCUCUCAACGGUAGGCCGAGGUUCAUUACACCGCUCGGCGCUCGUACGGUUUCUGGACCACUCUGUGGCUUUCUAAGCAGCGGCGAGCUCAGAAGGGAAGGGGGGUUAGUUAAUUCGACAUUGUCUCCAUCACUCGGUAGUCGACCGACGCGGAGUUGUAGAGAAAUAAACGGGAUUCGCCGUGAGCUGCAUCAUAUCCCCGCUGCGUUGCCUCCCACACUCUCCGUUUGAGUUGCGGGCUAGAGCAAGGAUCUUGUCUUCUUGGCAGACGUCGAGCCUCGAGUCGGCAUAUAAGUCCGACUUGCUGCCCUCCCAUCCCGCCCCGCGUUGCUGUCUAUCCGACUGACAUCAAAGAGACACACACGCAUACGCAUACGCAUCCAACCACGCACACGAUGGCUGUCGACAAGAUCGCCCCCAACGACCCGCGCGUCGAGCGCAAGCAGGCCGAGGUCAGGGGCAAGACCUACUCCUACCUCUACAGCAAGCCCGAGGGCACGCCCAAGGGCACCGUCGUGCUCAUCCACGGAUGGCCCGACAUCUCGCUCGGCUGGCGGUACCAGAUCCCCUUGUUCCUCUCGCUGGGCUACCAGGUGGUCGCGCCCGACUGCCUCGGCUACGGCCAGACGUCGUCGCCCGAGAAGCUCGAGGAGUGGUCCCUCAAGAGCAUGUCGGACGACGUCAAGGCGCUGUGCGACCAGAUCGUGCCCGGCGAGCAGAUCAUCCUGGGCGGCCACGACUGGGGCGGUGCGCUCGUCUGGCGCGUGGCCAUGUGGCACCCGGACCUCAUCAAGGGCGUCUUCAGCGUGUGCACGCCGUACAACGCCCCGACGACGGCGUGGUUCGACCUCGCCGACAUCAUCGCCGCCGGCCACCUUACCAACUUCAAGUACCAGCUGCAGCUGCGCGGGCCUGAGGUUGAGGAGAAGCUGACGAAGCCCGAGGACAUCCGCCAGUUCCUGCAGGGCAUCUACGGCGGCCGGGGCGCCAACGGCGAGCUCGCCUUCAACACGGACCGCGGCGUCCUCUUUGAGAACAUUGGCAAGAUCGGCCCGACGCCGCUGCUGUCGGAGGAGGAGGUUGCGUACUACACCGACAACUUCGCCAAGAGCGGCAUGCGCGGGCCGCUGAACUGGUACCGCACGCGCCGCAUCAACUACGACGAGGAGCUGCCGCUCGCGGAGAAGACGGCGGCCGAGGGCGGCGACUACAAGGUGACGCCGCCGAGUCUGUUCAUCCUCGCCAGCAAGGACACGGCGCUGCCGCCGGCCAUGGCGGCGGGCAUGGACAAGCACUUUGCGGACCUGACGCGGGGCGAGGUGAAGGCGACGCACUGGGCGCUGUGGGAGGCGCCUGAGGAGGUCAACGGGCAGAUCAAGCAGUGGAUCGAGAGCAAGGUCGACAAGAAGCCGACGGCGUCGUUGUGAGUUUUUGCUUGGAAUCACCCUUACCCCUCGAAACCGUGCGACUUGGAGGAGGCAUGAGGUUGGAUUUGACAUUGACGGUUUCUUAUUUUAUUUUCAUGACAGGCAGGGAUGAACGGAACAGAUCGAACGGGUCGGGUCGGGUCGAUUAGUGAACAACGAUAAUGAACCACGUUGCCAGUCACGGCUUGCUCUAUUGCUCUUGGGUGUCUUGAAGCCCUCUCUAUCCGUGACUACCUAUGAGGAGCAAGGGAUGACUGCAUGCAUGGCGUGCGGCAUCCUUCUCCGGCCGACCCCACCGACACGAGGUCCGGGCCAUGUCCGUCGCGGUCGGGCAUGCCUCUUGUUCCCUGCGCAUCGUAACAAUACCUGAUAAAUUCAGUGUUUCUUGCUCGCCACCCACAGCGGGAGUUGCCGAAUAGACGGGCCGCUUAACGACUGGUCUGUGUGUCUUGAUAGGGGUCGCAGCAGCGACACCGACAUGCCGAGGCCAACUAUCCUUGACUUCCUAUCAUCGGCGCAGCGUUUGAUCGCGCGUGUAUUCUCCUGUUUUUUGUUUGCUGGCCGC